UGGAUUACGACUGAUUUCCGAACCCAACCCAACUCCCAACCCCUUGAUCAGAUCCAUCCAUAGCUGUCUUUCUGUCUUCUUCGUGGAGCAAGUACCGUGGGGGUGUCACUUCCCACCCCCCUCCUCCUUCUCCUCAAUUUCAUAUAGAAAAUGUAAGAAUUAAGACUCUCUCUCUCUCUCUCUCACACACACACACACACACACACACAACUCACAGACCUCAACCCUAGCUCCCAUCCCAGGACGAUAAGAAUCGAGGGAUAGUGUUCUUUCCGUAAUCGGGGUUUUACUUUGAUUCCCCCAUGGGAAUUGUCUGUCUUUCCUUUCUGCUGACGAAUUCAUCCUCCCCCCCGAAAGUUUAAAGGAUUCCUUACUACUUUUGCUUCCUUGCUUUAUUUAUUUAUCUAAUCGGAAGGGAGAAUCCGAUGGGAGGAGGACUUGCCGCGCCGACCGAUUGAUUUAACAAAUUUGAUUGAUAAAGAAAGAAAGAGAUCUGUCUGUGUAAAGGGUAUUUCAUGAUCUAAUCAUCUAGCUAGCUGCAAGAACUGGGAUUGAUUAACUAUGGAAGAUCAGAAGAACAAUGUGGUGGCUCGAGGAAAACAUUGCUAUACGAUGUGGCAAACGUUGUUUGAGAUCGAUAUUAAGUACAUUCCGAUUAAGCCAAUUGGAAGAGGAUCAUACGGAGUUGUGUGUUCUUCGAUCAAUAGGGAGACCAACGAGAAAGUGGCGAUUAAGAAGAUAAUCAAUGUGUUUGGAAACCGAAUCGAUGCAUUGAGGACUCUUAGAGAGUUGAUGAUCUUACGGCUUAUUAGACACGAGAAUGUCAUCUCAUUGAAGGAUGUAAUGAUGCCUGCUCUUCGUAACAGUUUCACAGAUGUUUAUAUGGUUUAUGAACUCAUGGAUACUGAUCUUCAUCAAAUUAUCAAGUCACCUCAGCCUCUCUCCAAUGAUCAUACCAAAUUCUUCAUCUUUCAGUUGCUCCGAGGUUUGAAGUAUCUCCAUUCGGCAAACAUCCUCCAUCGAGAUUUAAAACCAGGGAACCUGCUUGUGAAUGGAAACUGCGAACUGAAGAUAUGUGACUUCGGACUUGCACGAACAGGAAGAGACGAUGGACAAUUCAUGACAGAAUACGUGGUCACGCGAUGGUACAGGGCCCCAGAGCUCCUCCUAUGUUCCGAUCACUAUGGAACCUCGAUCGAUGUCUGGUCAGUAGGUUGCAUCUUCGCUGAAAUACUCGGCAGAAAACCAAUCUUUCCAGGAACAGAGUGUCUAAACCAGCUAAAACUGAUAAUCAAUGUUCUGGGCAGCCAGAACGAAGCAGAUUUGGAGUUUAUCGAUAAUCCAAAGGCCAGGAGAUUCAUCAAGACACUUCCUUACACUAGAGGGAUACCCUUAUCGGCUCUUUACCCUGAGGCGGAUCCUUUGGCGAUAGAUUUGGUUCAAAGGAUGCUGGUGUUUGAUCCUUCAAAAAGGAUCACGGUGACAGAGGCUCUGUAUCACCCGUAUCUUGCGAGUCUUUUCGAUCCGAGGCAGAACCCUCCUUCACAAGUUCAGCUGAAUCUUGACAUUGAUGAGAAUUUGGGAGAGGGGAGUAUUAGGGAGAUGAUGUUGAGAGAAAUGAUGUAUUAUCAUACUCCUCAUGAAGCUGCUGGUUAUGGUAAUUCCUUUUCCAACUAGAAUUGGGCAUUUUCUAAGAAUAAAAGUUUUAUUGUUUAGUUUUGAUUUUCCACCCUGAGGAGAUUAAUUUCUUUAGUCCAAACAACUUUUCUCACUUGGUUUUUGUAUCAUUUGUAUCACAAAGAACAAAAAGAAAACUGAUUUUUAUUAUUUCAAAUAAUGUUGAUAUCAAGUUUUUAAUA